CUGCACUACGGGAGCCUCCUGGGCAGCAGAGCUUGUGCCCAGAUGGCAGCAGCUGCCUGGGGCAGUGGCUUUCUCAAUGCUGCUCUGCACACAGACAACACAUUUUCCCUGCCCCUCUGUCGAGGCAAUGCUGUGGACCAGUUCUUCUGUGAAAUCCCCCAGAUCCUCAAGCUCUCCUGCUCAAAUGCCUACCUCAGGGAAGUUGGGGCAGUUCUGUUUAGUGUUUCUUUAGUCCUUGGUUGUUUUGUUUUCAUUGUUUUCUCCUACAUGCAGAUCUUCAGGGCAGUGCUGAGGAUGCCGUCUGAGCAGGCUCGGCACAAAGCCUUUUCCACAUGCCUCCCUCACUUGGCUGUGGUCUCCCUGUUUCUUAGCACUGGCAUAUUUUCCUACCUGAGGCCCCCCUCCAUUUCCUCUCCAUCCCUGGACCUGGUCGUUGCACUUCUGUACUCAGUGGUGCCGCCAGUUUGA